GCGGCGGGAGGGAGGAGGCGGAGGCGGGGGUUGCCGGCCAUGCGGGGCCGCCAGCCGGGGAGCGGGUGAAGAGCGAGAGACAGAGGAGGGAGGCGAACGAGCAGGGCGGGCGGCGGCGCUCCAUGGCCGGCGGCUUGGGGUGAAGUGGAGCGGCGCGGCCGGGCAUGGCGGGCGUCAGCUACUCGCCGCCCUGGUGGGUGAGCCUCCUGCACCGUCUGCCGCACCUCAGCCUGCGCUGGGAGCUCACCGCCGCCGACUUCCGACCGCACGACGCCGAGUACCAGCAGGCCCUGCUGCUGCUGGGUGGCAUUGCUCUCUCCUGCCUGGCUCUGGACCUGCUCUUUCUCUUGUUCUACUCCUUCUGGCUGUGCUGCCGCCAUCGGAAGAGCGAAGAACACCUCAAUGCGGACUGCUGCUGCACGGCGUGGUGCGUCAUCAUCGCCACCCUGGUCUGCAGUGCUGGAAUUGCUGUUGGCUUCUACGGGAAUGGCGAGACCAGUGACGGCAUCCACCGGCUGACCUACUCGCUGCGCCAUGCCAACCGCACCGUGGCUGGGGUCCAAGACCGGGUACUAGAUACUUCAGUGGCUCUGAACCAGACAGUGGAACCCAACUUGCUUGUCCUGGAGGAGAUGUUCACGAAGCAGACAGACUACCUGCGUGUUAUCCAGAAAUUACAAGGUCUUCUGGAUGAGCUGGUCAGGCAAGCAACUGAGAUCCCCUUUUGGAAGAAUGAAGAGCUGUCUCUGGAAGAACUGGCAAUCCAGAUUGACCUCUAUGACUGGUACAGGUGGCUGGGAUACCUAGGCCUGCUCCUGUUCAAUGUCCUGAUAUGUUUGCUGGUGCUCUUUGGGCUCAUUAGAAACUCCAGAGGCAUUCUUGUGGGGGUGUGCUUGCUUGGGGUGUUUGCCCUGAUUGUCAGCUGGGGAUCCCUGGGUCUGGAGUUGGCUGUCGCUGUGGGCUCCAGUGACUUCUGUGUUAACCCUGAUGCAUAUGUCUCCAAAGUGGUUGAAGAGAAUGCAGUGCUUAGUGCUGAUACUCUUCGCUAUUACAUCACCUGUAGUGCUGGAUACCCCAACCCUUUCCAGCAGAAGCUGUCAGGAAGUCACAAAGCUCUGGUUGAAAUGCAAGAUGAUGUUGUGGAACUCAUGAGGUCAGCAAGCAGAGAGCACCCCACCUCCAAGGAGUAUCUUACUCGGAUCCAGGAGGUUUUAAAUUCAACAGAAAUCAACUUGCAGCAGCUGACAGCUUUAGUAGACUGUCGGAGUCUUCAUUUGGAUUAUGUCCAGGCUUUGACAGGCUUUUGCUAUGAUGGAGUGGAAGGCCUCAUCUACCUGGUUCUCUUCUCCUUUGUCACAGCCCUCAUGUUCAGUUCCAUUGUGUGCAGCGUCCCACACACUUGGCAGCAAAAGAGAAGCUCAGAUGAUGAUGGGGAAGACGAAUCAGCUGCUCAAGGGAGUAGACAAACACACGAUAAUCUUUACAGAGUGCACAUGCCCAGCCUCUAUAGCUGUGGGAGUAGUUAUGGCAGUGAGACCAGCAUCCCAGCAGCAGCACACACAGUCAGCAAUGCUCCCGUCACAGAGUACAUGAGCCAGAAUGCAAAUUUCCAGAACCCCCGUUGCGAGAAUACCCCGCUCAUUGGCCGGGAGUCCCCACCUCCCUCAUUGUAUUUGGCUGCCAUGGACAGUAGCAGCCAUAUGAGCUGGCAGCUUAAGCCCUCGGACAGUGCACGGACAUACUGGUAACAGCGCCCGCAAAUGGAACAGUACACCUCCAGCAUGAGAGCCAAAUACCUCGCCACCAACCAACCUCGUCCAGAUGCUGGCAGUGUGCAUUAAAGUGAAACAAGCAAAAGCAAAAAAGCAAACAAACAAACAAAACCCCACAUGUGCAGUCAGACUAAACAAUGUGCCAACUGCUGUGCCCCUGUGCUGUCCUCGUAGAACAAUCCUGCUGUUCUGCCCAAAAUCCUUCUGGUUCUCCAGUCCAGACCACCCCUCCAACAUGGUACCUGCCCCCUGGAGUGGAAGCCCCUUUUGAAUUUAAGCCUCCACCUUGAUGUGCAAGAGAGAGCAAGCACAUGCAGGCAAGAAAUUGGGUCCAGCUGCCUGGGGGCCAGCUUAUUAGAGUAGCCUGUCAGAAAAAAAGUGGUGAAUAUCUUCUGCCCCCCUUUUUCCCCCUUCCGUUCCCCAGAGGAACUGGGUGAAAGAUGGUGGUAGAUCUUCUUCACUUCUGCAGUGGGAUCAGCAGCCUGUCAAACCCUGAAGAAGCACAGGCUGGUGCCCACGACUAGUGUACAGCAAGGGGAUGCUGAGGCAAUGCACAUCAUGGCAUUUUGGUGGGAGCCCUCUGGUUUGGUGCUCUGUGUGAGGGAGGAGGGAAACUCCUUCCUCAUGGUGUCACUGCAUAUCCACUGUCAUUUGGGAGCCAGGGGCUCUUCUAGAGCAAACCAUUCCACUACCCUGGUUAACUUCUGGUUUAGUUUUUUUGGUUGUUUGUGGGUUUUUUAAAAUCCAUUAAGAAAAUGCCUUUUUCUUUCCCACUAUAUCUCACAUGUGAAAUCUUGAGGAGGAGCAGAAGGAGCCCAGCACCAGUCAACUACCCUGACCCCUCUGCUCCAUCAGGGAAGCCCAGGUACUUGCAGAUGGCAUUCUGGGUGCUGCCUUUAUGAGGCUGACACACAGAUCAAACAGGAGCCAGCCACUCACUUGGUGCCAAAUUUGUCCAGGAAAAGACCUGCAAGGUUUGAUGGGAUCAUUUUUGCACUAAAGAGUUCCAGCUCUCUGAUGCUCGGUCCUGUGGGACAGAGAAGCUGGAAGCACCAAUGGAUUUCUAGCGAAUGUGAGGUCUCCCUGCAGGAGUGACCUCUGAACUCUGCUGGACUUUUUUCUUUAAAAAUAAGUAAGAAAAAUCAUGGUUUACAGCACAGGGUUGCUGAACUGGCAUUGAUGGAGGCUUCUGGAGCCUCAGUUCUAACAAACUCACAAGUCUGUCAGUUUAUCUACUGCAUUCCAGAGUCAGAAACCCAAAUGACACCUGAAGAACAUGGUGACUGGCAGAACAAGUGUUUGUUUCAUUCUGUUUUACUUUGUUUUGUUUCCCAAGGCACAUUGCUAACCACUAUCUGACCAUAUUAGGGCACAUGUAAGGCAUUUUUCUAGACACGAGGCUGAACAAGGCUUGCAAAGAGGCAGCUGGAUGCCUGCAGAGGGCAACAUCCUCCAUUGGUGCUGUACUUUCCACUGAAGAGCAGUGCUCCUGUGGGCACUGACAGCUUCCUCCUGGAAGAAGAGACUUGCCUCUUGAGAGGUACUGUCUAGUACUGCCCUUUCAGUAGGGUAACAAUGAUGUUCCUUUUUGUCUUUUUACCUCUGAGCAAGGGCAUCUCAGUGUGGCUGCUGAGUAUUAUCUUAAAUAGCCGGCAGAGGAAGUCAGGUGGGCAACGUCUCUCAAACUGGAGUUGAGCCACUGGCAGAGGCAGUUUGUCUUCACCUCAGUGAUGUUCAGACUUGGUGUCUGUUUACCCCACGUUUGCUGGUAUGGGGCACAGAAUCUACCAACCUGCCUUUACUCUAGCCAGUUGCCUUUUUGCAGUGAGGUAGGAAUUGCUCUUAGCUAACUAGGAGCUGUGAAAGGGUACCAGCUCUGUGGAAGAGCAAGUUCUGAGACUCCUCUUAAGAUAGAAACCACUACUAGAUUGCAAAAGCUGUAGGCCAGCAGUUACCAUUCAAAUGAGUGAGGUAGACAGGGAGGAGGCACCACCAUGCAGACAGGAAAGGAAGGUUUUGGAGAAAACUUGACACUUCACCCCAACUCUGGAAGCAGGAUUUUCUUGCUCAGGACUGAGUAUGCCCUUUCAGACGUGUUUGAUGGGCUUCACACUGAAACAUACCUCUGUGUUGUCAAAUAACAGGGGAAGGGAAAUGUAGUCACAGGUGUCGUGGAGUGACAACUGUGGUUCAUGAGCACCAAGUUUUCUACCCUGUCUUAAAGCCUACCUGGAGACCUGGGUGUGCAAGCUUGAGACAUGGUUAGCUUGCAGGGCCUGAAGCAUGCAGCUAUGGGGAGCUGAACCUUCCCCUUGCUUUGAAGAAAGAAGCAAGAGCCAUAUAAUCCUUGUCAGACUGAGUUGCUCUGCCGUAACCUCUCCUUGCAAGGAUGUGCUCGGAUUGCUACUUACACUAAAUUGUGGGGGACCUGCUCUAAGCUCUGUGGCCCAGUGUGGAUUGAGGGCAAGUGCUUUGAAGGCUGGAGGGUGUGGGGAACCCAAGUGCUUUGUGUAGUGACUUCUGUGUAUACAGAAUGCUUCGUGAACGUGUGUGUGACUGCACCUUGGGUUGGAUCUAGAUUGUCACAGUGGUAUUGCCUGUGCCAGCAGGCCUGACAGGGGAGCCAGCCUAUGCCUUUUUGUUUGCAGCAUCUGAUGGAGCAGCCACCUUGACCUGCUUCCUUCCAAGGCUUGGUGUAGCCAUUUUUAACACUCAGAACAACCUCUAACAAUGUUUGGGGCUCGCAGCAAGGCACAGAUGUGGAGAUAUGUGCUCUGUGACUUCAACAUAUAACUGGAAAGAAUGUUACAGAGAUAACCUUUCGCUCUCUGGAGGCCAGCAUAACAUGACUGCAGUGUGAGCUGUGUACCUUUGUCCAGCCAGCACUUCCUUUACUUGACAUGGAUAUUGCACUUUUGUAAAGCAUCCUGGAACUCUGCUGCCCCGCUGCAUGCUGUGCAGAGCGCUGGAUAGGAAACACAGACAAAUGGGUUUCUUUUGGUUUCUUCUUAUUCCUACCUUUUUUGUUUGUUUGUUUUUCCUUUUCUUUUUUUACUGGAACCUUGAGCAACAGUGUGGCAUUUUCUGCAGGCUGGUCUGAACAGAUCUGCUGAAGAACAGAUGGCCUUUGCCUAUUCUUAUGGCUGCGACAUAAUCAGUCUCAUCCAUAUGGUCACAUUUUGUCUGAGGAGUGGACUUUCCAAAGCCAAGAUCUCCCAGGCUCUGUGCCUCCCUCUUGGGUGAACAGCAGGUGCUAUCUGGCGAAGACUCAUCUGUUCUGGAUGGCAUUCGUGGUCGAGGGAGCCCAAACUCCUCACGCUGUAGGAGAGAAGGCUGUAGAGACUUCUCUCUCGUCCAUCGUGUGUCUCUGUUUUUAACGUGACAAAAUGCCAAGGCCAUAUCACUUGGUGUGUCCCAGCUGACCUUAUUGGAACAUUACUCAUGUUACUGGUUGCUAGCAAAAGGGUCCAGAAUUCAGGGGAGAUGAGAUUGGCCUCCGGACACCUCGCUGACUGCAAAUUCAAGGCAGCUUGUCCAGCUGAAGGUGACUGCAUCAGUGAAGACACUUCAUGUUACUUUUUCAGAAGCACAAAUGUGGGCAUUGGCUUGUCUGGUUGGCUUGGUUUAUUUCCACUGCAUCAUCAUGGGUGAAUGACACUUUCUUUUGGAACUGAGAACUCUUCCAAGCACACAAACAUCUCCACAAUGUGAAAUGUAAAUAGCAUGUUGGACUCUUGUGUCCAGUGUUCAAGACUGCAUUGUAAUUGUAAAGGAAAUCGAAUCAAGACUUGGCUGUGAAUUUCUUGUGCUGUCUUGGGAAUAUAACUGUAGUGUUUGUAUCCUGUAUGUACUAUUAAACUGAGUUCAUUUUAUGUGCUGAUAAAAGGGUUCAAGCUAAGAUUUUUAGCGUGCAUCCAUGUAUCCAGCUGUGAAGGAUGGAGUGCUCCCUUCCCCUCCUGUCCUUUUUAAGUUUUCUCCAUUUGGUAGGUGUUCAUUUUCCGUGUACAGUCAUCUCAGCCAAGAUGCAAGGAGUGUGUUGAGGGGGACACGGUGCAUGGGGCUUUUAAGUGCUCCUAAGUUAGGAUUUCCAUAGCAGUUCCCUGAAAAUACCUGGAAAGUCUGGCCCUGCUGA